AAUCUUGUUUUCACCUCAUAACUUUAAUCUAAUUUCGUUUUCCAUCCCAUCACUGGAAACUGCUACGAAGAAAAAGAGGGAGGUAUCAUGACUUUUCUCAUUUAUAUGGGCAUUGAUGAAAAUUGAAAAGUUUCUCCUAUUAUUAUUUCGUGUUCAAAUUCUGUCGCCUGUGUGAAAUUGUGGCCCUGUGGGCUUAUUGGUGGCGUGUUUUGAGUAAAUUAUAGAUUAAAGAUUACUGCCCCCAUUAAUCCCUCCCACCCAUCUCUCAUUUUUCACCCCACCCCACCCCACCCCACCCACCAGUUUCAUUUCCAUCCCCCUACCCCUCGCCCUCCCCUCUCUCUAUAAUCUCAUUUCUGAAUUCUCUUUUUUUCUUCAAUAUCUAUUCUUUCUGAGUUGAGGUUUGUGUUCACAUCUCAGCCAUUUCUGCUUUAUCUGAGGAGGGGGAGGUGGCGAUACAGAGAUUUUGAUCAUCUAUUAAAAGUUUGCUAAUUUAGAACAACAUUGUUUUAACGGAUGUUUUUGGCUUUGUUCAGGUAUCGGCUAUAGAUCUACCGCCUUACCUGCUUCUCUUUGGCUGAUUCUCUCAGAACGAAAGUUCUAGAUAAUCAGUCUUCCAUAUAUUUCUUCUGUUUUUUAGUAUUUGAAUAAACUCAUUUGGAUCCCUAAUGCAAGGGCAGAGGAAUUCUGUCAGUACAUUGCCCGAAAAUCUAAGUUUUGAUCAUGGUUCUACGUCAAGUGAUGCUGGCAUGGAUUCCCAAGUGCCCUGGAAUAAUAUGCAGAAUUCUGCAGAAGCUCGACUACCAGAGUACAAAAUUGCGUCAAGUGAUCCCGAUACUCAGUAUUCACAUCAUAUAGCGCACAGUCAGUGGAGUUUAGGUGAAACUAGUUCUGGUGCUGCACGAAGUCAAUCCGACCGUAGUGAGAGAAAAAGAGAGCACAGAUGGAGUGUUCCUUCUCGAGCUGCUCUCGACUUGGAAGAAUGCCAGCUUGAAUCAUCUAAUAUUCUUCCACUGGAUAAUGUUGUUGUCGAUGGGCAAGGCAAUCAGACAUCAAGUGGGUCAUCUCUUUUGCAGAUACCUGGACCUGAUUCUAUCUCUCAGGAUCUUAACAUGUGUUCAGAGUUCGGAGAUCAAGAAUAUGACGACUGUCAGGUAAUUGAGCAUCCCAAUAGACACAUAUCCGUUGGAUCAUCGAACGAGAAAAUGCCAUCUACUGGUAGCUCCUCUGAUACACUUGGUAUGUCAUCCGGAUGUGGUGGAUAUGUGAUGGAGGAUAGUGAUUACAGGCCAGGUCGUUCUUUGGAUGGCCGGCGCUUAUCUUGCAAGAGAAAAGCCCUUGACGUACAAGUUGGACAGUCUUCUGGAGCAGGAAGUUCAAAUUGUUUUGAACAUGCUGAAAGAAGUCAAUGGCAUGAUGUAACAUCUGCCCCUGCCCAAAUUUCUGCCAGUACUGUUAGUAUGUCAACUCCACCAGCAAAUAACCUGGUCUUCAGCAAUGGGUCAGAGCAUGGAAACUCAAGGAUUCGGCUCGAACUUGGAGAAGCCGUUUCUUCAAAUCCUUUGUCUUCAAAUUCUAGGGAAACUGCUGGAAGUUCUCGCAGAAACUUCCGCUUGCGCAUCAGUGGCUCUCAUCAACAGGAUCACAUACCUGGUAUCCCAUUACCAAGAGAAGCUAAUGUUUCCAAUUCUCGACAUUCAUCAAGAUUAGUUCUUCGAAAUCGUUUGUUUGACUUGAACCCAAACCCUCCUGUGGAGAAUGGAAAUCUUCAUGGUCAGUCAAUUCUUCAGCAUAUUCCUUCUGUUCGUCGAAAUCCUCAUUCUAGAUGGAGUGGAGCCUCUAGCUCAAGAACUAGCAAUUCAUCUUCUGCUGCUGUUUCUCUAGAGAGGGAGACGGAUCCUAUGCUUUACGAAGAAUCUACAUCUGGAAAUAUUCCCAGAAGCAUGUCGGAGCAUCCUAUGUUUAUUCCUGCUAGUGAGAUGGGGGGUUCAUUUCAACAACCUCCAAACUGGAACUUAGCUGGAGGGAUUAACAAUAUUGCUGGAAAUGCUGUAUCUGCUUCUCGGGCAGGCUCAACUUCAGGGAUUAAUUCAUCUUUACCUUCACCUUCUUGGUCUCAUAGGAGUUAUCCGCAAUAUCCUCGUAGAUUAACGGAAAUUGUUCGAAGAUCUCUAUUAUCUGCAGCAGGUACUGAACCUGGAGGUCAAAGUAGCAGUACUGCUAUACGAUCAAGUGCACCCAGUACAUCACAAGAAACAGCGCUUCCAUCUGGAUCUAGCAAUCACGCUUCUCAUUUAGCAAACACAAGGUCAGCAUUGUUGGAGAGACAUCUGGAUAGUCCUUUUGCAUUACAUGGUUCACUCCGAAGCAUGGCUGCUACUCGUGAAGGAAGAGGCAGCGUGAUGUCCGAGCAGAUUCGACAUGUCUUGGAUCUCAUGAGAAGGGGAGAGGGCUUGAGACUUGAGGAUAUGAUGAUGCUUGAUCACAAUGUCUUCUUCGGGAUGGGUGAUAUACAUGAUCGUCACCGGGACAUGAGACUGGAUGUUGAUAAUAUGUCCUAUGAGGAGCUAUUGGCCCUGGAGGAGCGCAUUGGAAAUGUCUCCACGGGAUUGAAUGAAGAAACAAUAAUGGCUCGUUUGAAGCAACGUAAAUAUGCUGAAAGACGAGCAGAUCAGGCUGAGACGGAGCCAUGCAGUAUUUGUCGGGAGGAGUAUAACGAUGGAGAAGAUCUUGGCACAUUGGAAUGUGGGCAUGAUUUUCAUAGAGACUGUGUAAAACAAUGGCUCAUGCAAAAGAACUCAUGCCCCAUAUGCAAGACUGCGGGAUUGUCCACUUGAAACGAUGGUCUGCAAACGCUGCCGUCUCAUCACUCCCCAUCUGCUCUUCUACUCUCCAACACAGGUUUUUCAUAUCUUGACUCAUUUGAAGACGCAGAUUUGUCCAGUCUCGAAAACCUUAUGGGUUUUGUUUCUUGUUGUGCCUUUUCACAUGACUCCAUCCACAGAAAUUCAAGGAAGAAAAAAAAAAAAAUGAAGAAAUUAUGCCCUCCUUAUGCGGAGGAUCCCAUUACAUUUAUUUUAUUUUAAAUGAAAGUCGAAGCUUAGUCGUUCUAACAUUUAGAUUAUGGAAAUUAACUAUUUCUAUUUGAUCAUUUGAAGUGUUUUAUUAUAGUUUGUUUUUUCGACCA